UACACUAAAGUUUAUUGCUCCAAACAGAAGAGCUGAAGCCCGGCUUUCUGUUUCUGUAUGCUAUUGUAGCUAUUAUCGUUUUCAGUUGGUAUUUACUUUGAAUACUUUUGACGAACGUUUAUAUGAGUACGUUGUUUUUUUAAAAUUACUAGUUUAUUUGUCAGACAGCAGCCAAAAGAGGCUCCAGCAAUGUAAACAGAUCAUUGUUUCAGUUUUGCAUUCGGUUUACUCGUUCAAAAACUUAACAGAUUAUAAUUUAACAUUAUGCCUCCUAAGAAAUACAAAUUACCCAUCGAGUUCCCAGACGGAUGGAUCUUAACAGAUUCAGAAAAGAAGAAAUGGCGCAUCGGCAAAAUCAUUGGGAAAGGAGGUUUUGGACUGAUUUACCUUGCCUCUGCUGAUAUUAAUGUACCUGUGCAGAAUGACACUGAUUAUGUGAUCAAAGUGGAAUAUCACGAAAAUGGACCUUUAUUCUCAGAGUUGAAAUUUUACCAACGGGCAGCUAAGCCAGAUACUAUGAGCAAAUGGAAGAAGUGUAAAUGCAUGGAGUUUUUGGGGAUACCGACUUACUGGGGGUCCGGAUUGUCUGAAUACAAAGGGACAAGGUACAGGUUCAUGGUGAUGGACAGGCUGGGCAAAGAUCUGCAGAAGGUGCUUGAGGAGAAUGGGGGACAACUGAGAAAGCCCACAGUGUUACAGCUGGGCAUCCUCAUGCUGGACGUGCUGGAAUAUAUUCAUGACAACGAGUAUGUACAUGCUGACAUUAAGGCUGCCAAUCUUUUAUUGGGACAUAGAGAUGCAAACAAGGUGUACCUGGCUGACUACGGUCUGUCAUACAGAUAUUGUCCUAAUGGCCAGCAUAAAGAAUACAAAGAGAAUCCCAAGAAAGGACACAAUGGCACUAUUGAGUAUACAAGCAUUGAUGCUCACAAAGGAGUAGUCCCAUCCAGACGAGGAGACUUGGAGGUGUUGGGCUACUGCUUGCUUCAUUGGCAGUGUGGGACACUGCCCUGGCUUUCUUCUCUCAGGAAUCCAGCUGAGGUCCAGGAGGCCAAAGCCAAGCUAAUGGCUAACCUGCCAGAUUCGGUCAGGAGAAUGUCCAACUCCAGCUCCACCACAGAAGAGAUUGCCAGUUUCCUGUUAUGUGUAAAACACCUAGACUACAAUGAAAAGCCAGACUAUCAAUCCCUAAGAAAAGUUCUUUCAAGAUCAGCAUUGCAGGGCCCACUGGACCUUUCCAGGCUGAGAGCGUCGGAGACAUCCAGGCCAGCUACUCAACCGAGACCAUACAGUGUUAACACAGCUGCUAGGAAAGGAAGUUCUCGGCAAAGGCCCAUGUUCAGAGAAAGUGAUGAAGACUGCACUGAUGAUGAAGAAGAGUCCCUGCCUCCACGAGCUCAUCCUAAAACAAGAGCAGGAGCAAGACAGACACAAACGGUCCAGCAAGAAAGGAGAAAAGCCGACUUGCAUGGUGAGGCAAGGGUAACCGAGAGAAGAAAAAAGAACAGUGAGCACCAGUAUGGAUAUAGUGGGAGACUAAAUGAUGAUCAAAGCGAACCCAGCAGAGAGAAUGACUACAGGGGGGACUACAGUAGAAAAUACAGCAGGAAUUACAACCGCUGGGAAGAGCCAGAUUAUCCUGAAGAUCACUGGUCCGUUUGUGAACAGAAAAAUGAAUGGACUCAUGACAGUCAUUUCGGAAAACCAGACAACAGUGCAAUAUGGGGUAUCAGGUCAAGCAAAGAAAAAUGGAUUUUGAUUCUUUUCUUUGUUGUGAUAUUGACUGCUGUUGGUUUUGUCCUUCGGCUCAGACUGUUUCAGUGA